GACCGCAAGCAAGCAAGCUCACUGCAAUUGAACUCCGAAUAACGGUAACAGUAUAUUGAAAUUGACUGGGCCGUCCCCGGGUAGGAUAAUCAAUUUCCCCUGUGGCGAGGUGCGUUAUUGGCCAACACUAACAAUGACCGCAAAACAGAGAAAUAAGAACAACAUAAUUGACAAUAACUCGCAUUCCAACCAGGAUGACGUGGCGAAGAAGGCGAGCCAAGGAAGUGAAGAAAGAGGCUCAGUGUCGGGGAGUUGGGCCAAGGUUCUGGCCGUGCUGUGUUACAUCAUCUUAGUUGCGGCGGCGGGCUCGGCUGCGCUGUAUUUCCAGAGAGUUCUGGAGGAAAUGGGUCAGCUAAGCCGCAGGACAGAGGAGACCAUGCAGAAAAACGCGGAACUGGCAUCAAGACUGGAGAGCGUUCUUCAUCAGGUGGACUCGUUGAGGACUGCGGUGGACGGGUUUGAACCCACCUUGGUCAGUAUGCGGGCGGAGCUGGGCGGCGUGAGCCAGGCCCUGCGGAGAGGGGAGGAGGAGGCGCAGCGGGCGGAGGAAUACCUGCAGGAGUUGCAAGGGGAGCUCCUGCAGGAGCUCUCCCGCGGGCUGCAGGAGGUGGAGGAGGCGCGGGGGCGUGACUCGGCUGCACGGGAGCGCGGGCUGGAGGAGCGGCUCGGGGAGCUGACCCGCUCUAUGGGCGCCAGCGUGGCCCAGGUUACGGAGGCACAGGGCCACGCCCAGGUCCAGAUUGGGGACCUCAGGGCCCGGCUGGACGGCCUCAUGGACCCCGCUCCAAUCAAGCAGGAGCUACUGGUCGUCACGGCAGCCGUGGCCGAGCUCCGCGCAGCCAAUCAGAGGGCGGAGACGAGCGCCGAUUCCCUGAGAGACCAGAUUAGCGACCUGGGGGCGGAGCUUCAGACCACCAACCAGAAAGUGUCUUCGGUGGCGCGGAAGGCGGAGUCGGUCAGGGCGCUGGCGCAGAGCGUGGCCGGAGAGCUGGAGCAGUCCGUGUCCGCGGUGGAGACCAGCGUGCAGGCCCUGUCUGACCAGGCCCUGAGCCUGCGGGCGGGGCUGGAGCAGGCGCAGGGCAGCGUCCAGAGCGCAGCGCAGACGCUCCGGGAGACGGAGGUGCGGGGGGAGAGGCUGGGGGCGGAGCUGGGGGCCCGGCUCGGGGCUGCGGAGGAGGCCGUGGACGCUCUGCGGGUCUCCGCGGCGACGCAGGCAGCCGGGCUGGACUCGCUCCUCUCCCGCUCAGACUCUCAGGAGAACGCGCUGGCCGUGCUGGCCAGGGACCUGCAGAGCACGCGGACGGCGGGCGAGGAGGAAGUGGCGGCGGUGCAGGCCGUGCUCAGGGAGGCGGCGCAAGCCCGCAGCGCUCUGGGCGGCCAGGUGGAGGCGCUGCAGAGCGACGUGGGGCAACUGUGGAGCGCGGCGGCCAUUUUAAACAGCACACAGGCAGAGCAGUCCUUGCGGGAUGCUAGCCUGACCUUGCAGCUGGAUGGGCUGAGCCAGAGGCUGGCUGCGGUGGGGGAGGCCGUAAGACAGGCCCAGGCUUCGAACACUCUGAAGGCCGCAACAGCCCAGCAAAACCUGCGACAGCUCAUGACCUCAGUGGACAGCCUUCUGACGUUCUCCGACAGGGUCAAGGGUCACGUGGACGCCAUCGCCUCUCUACAAAAUGCUGUGGAAGAGACCAACGCCUCAGUGAGCGCAAUGUCUAAAAAGUACAAGGUGCCAAGCAGGAAUGUGUAA